UGGUAACUAAGGCGCAUCAUUUGAUCUUGGCCCAAGGGUUUGAAGCCCUUAAUACUUAUAAAGCGAUAUAUAGAACCUAAUAAGAAAGGAACAUGUUUCUGUCCGAUCGGGCGCCGAAGUUGGUUCGGCUGUGUACUCGUACUUGUCACAGCAGAGGGCUCGGUUCAUGAAGGACGACCCUCAACAUGCCCAUCGGCAAUCGGGUUUACAGCGUUUCUCAUGCUUUAUUGGAGAUUGAAUGAUAGGAUGCUGUGUUGUCAUGCGCUCUGGUGCAACUCGUUCCGUGUCGUGCAGUGUGAACGACGACCUAAGCCUACCCCAGAACGAAGAGGCCCCCCACGGCCGAAAAUAUGGUUUUCGAAACCAAAUAACGGCCCUUGUUGCACUGCAUGGCGGGGUGAGGGGUUGGUGUUGUGAUGGAGUUAGCUGCAGGCGGAGCUACUGCUGUACAUGCAUGCGUUUCCGCGCCAGAGUAAUGUCGGGGGUGCACGAGUACCUGGCCGUGGAGCGAGCUGGGCGGCAGGGCAAAAGGUUGAGGGGCGGGUGCAGCUCGAAUGUGGUGUCAGGCAGACUUGAUCAUUGUCCAUCUCGGCAUUUGCUGUAGCCAGCGUCGUGCAACGAGAAUGAUUGCCCGUCGAGUAGGGGUCGAGGAAGUGCGCGGGUUUUCGAGCUGUUGCAAAGACUUUGCCAUGUUUUCCUUGUGAUAAUGCAACAA